GCGACUUCGUAUCGGAACUAUAUUGAAUAAAUAAAAAAUGUACAUACGUCACACGUUAAAUGGAGAUCAUAUAAAUUGCAUUUAGGCUGAACGAAAAUUCGCGACCUUUUGUAAUAACGAGUACAUUAAUUACUUUUGCGAUUUGUUGUUAAGCCCGGCACUUGUUUACUAUAUUACGUUGAAUUAAAUUAGUUUUUAAAGCUGUAUGGUGUGGUUUUGUUUCAUGAAAUCGGAAACAAAACUGCCAAUAUCAGUCGAAGUGCUUUGAAGGUUUCGCGGAUCGAGUAUAGAGUUGUUAUGACCUUACAUUUGAGUGAGGAAUCUGCCCACGCUGUGAUCCGUAUAUUAGAGACUCCUACGCUGUGGUGAUGGACGGAACUGCGACGUGUUAAAGCAUGAGAAUUAAACUAGACGUAUCACGUUUAUAACUUCUUAGUUCUAGUUGUGUUAGUGUUGAUUUCUAAAGUUACAAUCCGUUACAGUGUUACAAUUAGUUGUGAAGUUUGAAAUAGUGAUAAAUGUGUGAGUUUUUAUCUUACAUCUGUUGUAUUUUGUCAACAAUCAAGGCUACCACUAAACGCCGGUAGCACCUGCCCUGACCAGUUUUAGAACAAGUACACCCAAAUCCUAUACUGCAAAAUGGAUUCCAACAAGCAGCUGUUUACAUAGAUGCCGGAGUCACCACUGGGAGUGGGGCGUGUGUAAUCGGUCAAGAUAAAUAUAUCAGCCACCCUGUUGUGCUACAAAGCGAGAAUGGACGAAAAUGACGUCAUCAUAUCUUCCACAGAAAUUAUUAAAGACAGAUUAUACUUCGCGACACUCAAAACGGGAUACAAGCCUAAACCAACGCGCAACAGCAAGUACUUCCACAUUGAAGAUGAUAUCGUCUACGAGAACUUCUACUUCGACUUUGGACCCUAUCACCUGUGCCAUUUGUAUCAGUUUUGCAACAAGCUCAACGAAGAACUGGACAGGAAUCCGAAGAAGAAAAUCGUUUUCUACACAAGUAACAAUGAGACGCUUAGACUCAACGCGGCAUACCUUAUCGGAAGCUUUCAGAUAAUAUACCUGGGCGGGUCCCCGGCAACGGUCUUCAAGCAGCUGACUGAGGGCUCUUGGUCACUCCUGAGCUUCCGAGACGCGUCGGGUGGACCUCCGCUAUUCGAUAUAUCUCUCCUGGACGUGCUGCACGGCAUCAAGGUCGCCCACGAUGCCAAGUUCUUUGAUUUCGAGCAUUUCGAUGCUGAACAGUAUUUGUUUUACGAGAAAGUGGAGAACGGCGACUUAAACUGGAUCGUACCUGGAAAAAUGCUGGCAUUUUCGGGACCCCACCACCGUUCGAGGCUGGACCGCGGCUACCCCCUCCACAGCCCGGAGCACUACCACGAGUACUUCAGGAAGUACCACGUGACAACCAUAGUGCGGCUCAACAAGAAGUCGUAUGACGCCAAGCAGUUUACCACCCACGGGUUUGAGCAUAGGGAGCUGUUCUUCGUUGAUGGGUCAGUGCCGACUGAGCUGAUCGUCAGUCGGUUUAUACGUAUCGCCGAAGCCGCCAAGGGUGCUGUGGCUGUGCAUUGUAAAGCGGGCUUAGGUCGGACGGGUACGUUGAUAGCGUGCUACAUGAUGAAGCACCACGGGUUCACGGCGCGGGAAGCGAUCGCCUGGCUCCGAGUCUGUCGACCCGGCUCCGUCAUAGGCCACCAGCAGUGGUUCCUUGAGAAUAUCCAGCCCCGUAUGCACGCAAUGGGCGAGGCGUACCGACGUCGCUUCAACAUAACGUCGUUCCCCGUCUUCACUCGAGGUAUAUACAGUGAUCUGCCGCCCGAACCACUCCCCGUCAGAGAUAUCGAAGACAAUAACAAGCCGGUGUCACUCCAAACCAUAUUAAAUAGCAGCAAGAAUGCUAAUAAGUUGGACAACUCGAACGUACUGAACGCCAACGAAACUGACUCGGAGAACAACGUCACAUCCGUCAUCGGAAAAUACAAGACCACGGCCACGCCAAUGUUGCCAACAAAAACGGUGUUCACGCCAAAAAUUAACUACAUGAUGCCCACAAACAACAUCAGGAACGCCAAUAACACCAACCUAAAGCCCCAACCAAGGCUCAUGAAUGCCACGUUAAAGUCCCACUACGCGGCCAAAACUUCAACAUUCCCGCCAACACGAAGUGCCAACUCCCAAGCCAAGCUCGCCGGUGCCAAGGCGCCCUUCACAGGUAAGAACAGCUUCCACGGCCAACGCGCCAACCUCGCACGGCCAAUACUCCCCUACUCACAUGGCAGCAGCCCCAUCAAAACCUUCACGAGAAAAGCCAACUCCGUGUCAAAGCAAUCGGAUACCAGCGUGGUCACCACGCUCACCAACGUUACUUCAACACUUUCAGCUCUCACCGAAAACUGCCAUUUGAACGGCAAAAAUCGUCUGCCAUCCGAACCGAAUCUCAAGGCUGUCGCUCAAGCGAAGGCCACAGCUGCAAACGCUAACUCUAGGAAGAAACUAGUUCGAUCGAACUCUAAUUCGCGCAAAAAGCUUCCGAAAAGCCUCCCCAAAAGCGGCCUAGAAUCAUCCCAGGAUCUGUCUUCCAGCGACACGAACAUAACUAAUAUAUCCGCGGACUCGUUAGAGACACCAUUCCGCUUCAGACGAAAACGGGACAAGUCCAAAACUCCCGAGCCGAUGGACUGCAUAUCUAAUUCGGUGAUCACGGCCGAUGUUACACCGGACAAUUAUGAGGAAACUAGUAAUUCCCAAGGCAACAAGCUUUAUAAAAUCAAGGCGUUGAGGAAAAAAUGUCCCGCGUUUGGGGUCGGUCUAUUAAAAAAGGAUGGCAUCCAAACUCGUUCGAGUAGUUGCGCAAGUAGCUCGACUGUUAAGAAGAAAUGAUCUCCGUCGAAACGGGAUAUUAGGCUACUGUUCGCACGUUAUAGAGUUUAUUAUAGGUGUUUAGAGUGCAUAGCACAUGUUGUAUAACCAGUUGAUGGAUUUGUUUAGGUGCUAACUAACGUCUGACUGGACUGAAUUAAUUUACACUGAACUCAUAUCAAACCCUGGUAACAUAUUAUUCUCUGUAUACUUAGAUGUCUAAACAAAUUGAUCAACUUUUGUGAUGUAUAGGUGUUUUUCUUAGACCCCACGGUGAGCCUAAUUCUUCAUAGUUUUAAAUCGUUUAAAUAUAAUAAAGUGAUCGGUUAUUUAAAAAAAAAAAACCUAGAAAUUAUAUUGUAAUUAUGUUGUAAUUAUGAUUUUAUAAUGCUAUUACAAAAAAUCGUAAUAGUACAGUGAAAUAAAGAAGUGUUGAGGGGAUUAAUUUCACAAAAGUAUCGACCACCUUUAGUGACGUAAGAAGAAUAUUUUUGUAAAUUUUAAAUUACUAUGAAACUAUUAAAUGCCAUUUUAGUUUAGCUUUUAUUGAGCUUCCUG